AAUGAGCGGGGUAAAGAGUCUCCGGUGGGCGGGGCCCUUUCAUGGACUGCAGCGUUAUCCUAUGAGAAGCCGCAGAGGGCGGGGCUUGCCGGCAGGCCGGGGCUGCGCAGCAGAGCAGGGGCGCCGGGCUGUAGUGUGGCUGUGAGUGUGACACGGAGCAGCAGCAGCAGCAGCAGCGCUACAGACGCACACACUCACACACACGCACAAGGGAGAAGCCACGUAAGUACAGCACCGCGGGAGAUGAUGUCUUGCUGAAAGGGGACCGGCCCCAGCCACCCCUUUUUAUCUCUCCCUCUUCUCCCCGCUACCUCUGCACCAAUCCCAUCCAAACGCUACAAUCUAUUUUUUCCCCCCCGGUCGUGAAAAGGAAACGAUAGAGAUCUCUAUUUUUGUGUGCAAGGCAAUCAUCUCCGGAGUCCAACGGAAAGCCGCGGCUUGAUGCAUCUAUUUAGUCGCAGGCAUUUAAAUCCAUUGAUCUCCCUUCCUUGUCCUUGGCUGAACUUUGUCUCUCGCUGCGACGCUGCUGCUGCUUCUGAUCUCAGGCACAUUGUCCUAUUGUCCCACAAUCAGUGACCUGUCCAUGCACAAGCCCUGCUGCUAUUGCUCUCCCCGGUGAGUCUGCUCACCGACCCCCCCACCGCCAAGAGGCCAGGACUAUAGAAAUCCGUACAGCUCCUCUGCCUUUCAAUCUGCUCCGAAGAAGAAGCUCCAGACGCCAUCUACAGUUUAACCAGGGGCAACUUUGUUAUUGUUACAGUACAGCACAGCAGAAUAUUACCCCCCCCUUGCUUUUCUAAACUAAGUGGCUUAGCUGGACCCCCCCCCCCCCCCAAAGAAUAAUAUUUUUCUUACCAGACCUAAUAUUUUGGAAUACAGAAAGGAAUUUAAGUGAACAGAGACCUUGCUUCUAUUUUCCAAAUCAAUACUUUCUUUUGCACAAGCUUGGACCGCAUGGUGACCUGGAUUCAACGUUCUAGAGUGAAUUCUAGCAUGUCUUUGUUGCCUGCUGUGUUCUAGAUCAUAGCACCUACUGUGGGAUUGUGACUGCUCAUACACACCGACUGCUGCCUUAUUCCCCUCUCUCUGCCUGAGCUUCCUCUGGAGCUUGAAUCAACCCCCCCAUUCCCCUGAUUAUUCUUCCACUUUGAGAAUACUGCAUUUGCACAUUUAUACACUCUCCCCUGUGUGUGUGAAGAUCCAUCACUGACCAUCCCCAACUCCAAGCACAAACCCCUCAUUGAGUCUACCUGACCUGAGGUUUUUGGUGGGUCUCUCAUACCCAUGAACAUACAAAGGUCGAACCCCAUUACAAUCACAAGGUAUGGGAGAUCGAGGAAUAAAACCCAGGAUUUUGAAGAGCUAUCGUCCAUAAGGUCUACAGAACCUAGCCAGAGCUUUAGCCCGAACCUUGGCUCGCCAAGUCCCCCAGAGACUCCCAACUCGUCGCAUUGCGUUUCCUGCAUUGGGAAAUACUUAUUGUUGGAGCCUCUGGAGGGAAACCACGUUUUCCGAGCUCUUCAUCUACACAGCGGAGAGGAGUUUCUGUGCAAGGUUUUUGAUAUUCGCUGCUACCAGGAGACGUUGGCACCUUGUUUUUGCCUACCUAUACAUAGCAACAUUAACCAAAUAGCUGAAAUCAUCCUCGGAGAGACUAAAGCAUAUGUGUUCUUCGAGAGGAGCCAUGGGGAUAUGCAUUCUUUUGUUCGUACCUGCAAAAAGCUGAAAGAGGAAGACGCUGCCAGACUGUUCUAUCAGAUUGUGUCGGCCGUAGCGCAUUGCCAUGAUGGCGGCAUCGUGCUGAGGGAUCUUAAGCUAAGGAAAUUCGUCUUUAACGAUGGAGAAAGGACGAAGGUGAAACUGGAAACCUUGGAAGAUGCAUAUGUCUUAGCCGGGACUGAUGAUUCCCUUUCCGACAAACAUGGAUGCCCCGCCUACGUAAGCCCAGAAAUCCUAAACACAAAUGGCAGCUACUCUGGCAAAGCUGCAGACGUAUGGAGUCUAGGAGUCAUGCUUUACACCAUGUUGGUUGGACGUUACCCAUUUCAUGACAUUGAGCCUAGUUCAUUGUUCAGCAAAAUCCGCCGAGGGCAGUUUAACAUUCCAGAGACAUUAUCCCCCAAGGCAAAAUGUCUUAUACGUAGCAUUCUUCGCCGAGAGCCUUCUGAAAGGCUCACUUCCCAAGAAAUUUUGGACCAUCCGUGGUUUUCAACAGAUUUCAAUGCAUUGAAUUCAGGAUGUGGUGCUAAGGAAGUGUCGGAUCAACUGGUGCCUGAUGUCAAUAUGGAUGAGGAUACGGACCCUUUUUUUAACUGAGCACAAAACUAGUUUUCUUUUUGGUACUUGAGCUGAACAUGGCCACAUGAAGGAGUCCUUCCUGACCGUAUUAUUCAAAAUCUGUCUUAGCCUGGUAAUGUAUAUAAAAAAACAAAACAACAAAAAAAAGCCACUCUGGGCUCCUUGGUUUUGAGAAGAAGUCUGAAAGGAACUGCCGUUCACAUGUAGCAUUAAAGCUGCUAUAAUUUCAGUUUAUGGACAACAAUCAAUGUGGAUCAUCUGUAGCUUCUCACCGUUUGGAGCCAAGGAGACUGCACAUAGCCAAUCGUGGUGCAGCUUUGUCAUUCCUGUUAAUAAAAAAGUCAAUGUUUUGCCACGCACACCUUGGCAUCGCACUGUUACGAUAUUUUAGUCCGCCAUUGUUCAGGGAAGGUACAAUUGGCUUUUAAAUAAACACAAAUACAAUUAUAAUGGUUAAUGGGAUACAUUUAAAGACCAGUUAGAUGCACUGACAAGAAAAAAAGUGGGUGCUAAAGCAGUUUAUUUUAUUUUUUACAUAGCAAAUUUAUCAACUUUUUUUUAAAAUUUUUCGUUUUAAUUCUAAACGCUUAAUAUUCCUGUCAGGAAAUGACAUUUUCAAGCUUCGUUCCCUAAAGGGGAAGUAACUCGUUUAACAAGCUGUUCUGUUUUCUGUUAAAUGGUUUGCUCCAGGAAGCGAUAAUUCAAACUUCCAGAUGGGUUAUAGCUACGCUUUAUGGAGAGAGAGACGAAAACAAGAGAAAAAAAAAAAAAUAUUACUAUUGGAAAAACAAACAGGGUUUUGAUGAACUGGCUUCUCACCAAUUUGCCAUCUUGCACUUACAGCCAGUAGGGUUGUUACAUAGAGAGCUGCAUUGGUAUUGUUUUCCAAAUUCUCUCCCGCGUUUUGUUGCAUUAAUCACAUCAUUAAGGGAGAUGUUUUUUUCUUUUUAAUUAUUAUUAUUAUUCAUUUUUUUUUUCUUUCUUACCAUUUCAAGGGAAUAUGUGUUUAUAAGCUGACGACUCUUCCUAAAUUAUUUCCCCCCCUCUAUCCUACGACAUUGCAUUAAAGCGCACCUUUUUAUAUAGUACUAUCUUAUUUAUUAUUCUGAAGGAAAUGUCACAGUAGUGAUGUAUUAAGCCAGUACUUCAAUUACGGGUUGACUUAAAAAUGACAUGUUACAUGCUGUACUUAAUACUUUCUUAAUUUCCUGCGUGUAUUCUGGCACUUACGUCCCUUUUUUUUUUUUAAUUUAAUUUUUUUUUAUAGCUAAAUUAAACCGACAGGUCCCACCCUCUCACCACAACUAUAUGCUCUAUAAUAAAAAAAAUAUCAGCCUAAAUAUUUGUGUUUCCAGUACCUCAGUUGUUCUGAUUAUACUGCUCGUAUCCGUUUUGUGAAUUGGUCCCGUUCUUGGGUAGGUACAUGUAGACUUUGUAAGUAUAUCAAUGUUACUUGAAUUUGUGCUUAAUUAUAGUAUGUGGCAUGUGCGUACCGCUAUUUGGCAUUUUCAAUUUGGGACAAUGUUUGCCUGCCCUGUGGGAAAUUUGAUGCUCAGAUUUAUUUUUUAAUGAUGUUUUAUGGGUUUUUUUUUUUCUUUUUGCUGAAAAAGACAAAGCUGCAGCUAAUAUUGGUUCUAUUUUUGGUAAAUAAAAGGAGUGUUUUUACACUCAAAAGAUGGUGCUGAGUCAAGAAGGACUUUUCAUUUUUCAUUUGACUUUUAUCCCUCCCCCACUUACUUGUUGUUUUUACUGCCCACCCCCUCUCUCUUUUUUUUUUUUUCUUUUAAUUAUCCCCCCCCCUCCCCCUUCAAGUACCUUGUAAGAGGAGCGACUGGUGAUUACAUGCAUGGUGGCCUAUUACUGCCUCUGGUGCUUUGAAUGUUAUGUAUUUGGUUUAAUGUUUUUGUCCGAAUCUCUCCAAUAAAUUGUGCAUAUUUAACUACA